CACUGUCAUUCAUAAUACAUUUUAUAUAUAAGCACCGAGCACCUUCUCUACUCAAGUCACCACUAGCAUCAAACCAUGGUUUGCUUGCAUCAUUUUCCCAGCUACCUUCUCCUGGUCACCGUCAUCCUCGCUACCAGCGGGGGUGGAGCAAGCUUGUGCCACCAAGAUCAAAGUGCCGCCCUGCUACGCCUCGAAGCUAGCUUCCGCUUCCCAGACACAUAUUUAAAUUGCCCAUGGAUUGCAUUCCAAGUUGGAAAUCUUCCGUCGUGGAAGGAGAAUACCAACUGCUGCACCUGGGAAGGUGUAACAUGUGGUGGCAUGUCGGGCCAUGUUACUGCUCUCGACCAGUCCCGUCAAUGCAUCUCGGCUGGAGUCAUGAUGCAGCUGGAUAAAUGUUUAGCAAAAAAAUGGAUUCCUGGCGGGAUCCCUCCCAGGAUCGCGAACAUGAUGCAGCUGGAGUCACUUGAUCUCUCCUACAACCAACUCUCCGGGGAGAUCCCUCCUGCAAUGGCGGCGAUGUCAUUUCUCGAGGUGCUCGACCUCUCCUACAACCACCUGUCAGGGCAGAUACCACAAUCCAGCCAGUUCUCGACAUUCCUGAACACCUCAUUUUUGGGGAACGAUAGGCUUUGCGGUAAACCACUGACACGGCUAUGUGAGACGAACCACACACCAUCAGCUACUGCUACACCGGGCACUUCUAAAGAGCUGAACUUGGAAUUUUUGUCAAUUGAGGUAGGGGUCGUUUCGGGUUUGGCGAUUAUAGUUGCGACCAUGCUGCUGUGGAGAAAUGGGAGGAGCUGGGUGUACUGGCAUGUCGACAAGUUUUGGCUGCAAGUUCUGCAGCCUUGGAUCAGUCGCCAUCGACGCUGAAAAUGAAUUUCAUGUAUAGUAGUGUGCGUAUGCCUGGGCAACAUUUUAGUGUGUAUAUAUAUAUAUAUAAUUUGGUGGAUAAAUUUAUGUGGUGCUGCUGCAUGUUUAUUUGA